CUGCUUGUCGCCCUUCCACUUGCUGGCCACAAACGAGGCAAAUGUAACAAGUCGACCAAGAUCCAUAUACAUGGCACAUCCACUCAGUAAUCCACGGCAGGAGUCUCAGAGCAGGCAACAGUCAGCAGCGGCGAAAUGAGACGGAAAACUCUGGUUGAUUGGCCUACAUUUCUCGAGCAUUUGCCACCUGUCAUGGAGGGUUGGCGAAGCCAUUUGGAUGACGGUCCGCCACACGGCCGCGGAUUCAAGCUCUGGGGCCCAACCAAACCUCGGGAUGUGAUCAGUGUCUGGGACCCGUCGGCCUCGUUUUGAGCUCCAAUCGAUGCCCGUUGCGAGCCAUGACGGUGCAUUGUUUCCGCGUGCAGUAUUGCGCUGCCGCCGACACAUUUUCCACAGAGAUACGUUUCCGGGCCUCGCUACGGCUGUCUCAGCUGCACGGCACUCUUUCGAGGCACAAAUCAUCCAAGACGCCAUCAAGAACAUCCGAUGGACAUCUGAUUUCGGCACCGCGGACUUGCGAUGAGGCGCUAGCCAUGGCAUGCGAUUUGGAAGCGAGCCCUGUGUCACAGGAACCACAUCGGCGUAGUUUGCGCUUAUUAACCUCGCGUCAGAGUGAAAUAUCUUGCUCUAUGUCGUACAACGUCAGUGGCUCUACCUGGGUGGAUCUGGAAAAAUAUCCUAGGAACAACAGCGACAUCGCAUGCAGGACGCCCUACGCUUGGGCAGGUCCCGCAGGCGUAACAGCUCCCGGUUCUCCCGCCGGGAUAGGUGUCGUGUAUAAUCGCACAUCUUCAACGUGAUGCCAACGUCUGCGCUGCGGAUAUAAGACAACGAUGCCCAACAGAAAACAGUAUGCCCUGCCGGCAUCAGGGCACCGUGGAGGCCUACCCAUACUGGUCAACACGUUGAGCAUGCAAGCAAGA